AUGAUCUCCCCUCCGCAAUCCAACAAGAUUAAGCAGGGAAAGAAAAACGCAGAAGGACGUCUAGCUAUUCCCGAUGGACCGAUCAUGGCUGUUGAGAUGGCACCGCCAAAACCACCCGGACGACUUAGAAAGUUUGCCGCUGUGGUUCGAAGGCCAGGAUUUGCGAAAGAAGCGCGUGACGCCAUACAAGACGUCAUCUCCACAUCGCAAAAAUCGUCGAAUCAAUCGGAUCAAAAGAUUACGAGCAAGAAGAGUGAUACGCUAGGAAGCAAUGACUCAGUGCAAUCCAAAGACGACUUUGAGGAGGAGAAACGUUCCCUCCCUUCAAGCGGCUCAUCGGCUGUCUCCAUAUUCCGCUUCGAUAGCAUUUCUUCCACAAAGUCCUUCGCGAAGUUGAGAAAAUUCACAAGUAAUCUUGGACCACUUGGAAGUGCCAAAGAAGCUCGUGAAGCAAUUCAAAAGGCGAUCAGCAGUCCGAAUUUCAGUGAUAAGCCAACGAUUUCUUCAAUUUUUGACUACGAAAGGUUUCUAAACGACAAAGGAAUUAUCGGAAACGAUUCGCAGCCCAAUGUAGCACUUCUCCCAAAAGACGAUGUUGAGAUUGUGGUCGGCCAACUGGGACAUGUACUUGAGGCUACAAAUGCUUUUGUGUCAGCCACCUAUGAUCAAAUUAAGCUAACCGAAUUGCACAUUUCACUGGCGAAUAGUUACAGAGAUUUCGCAACAUAUCGUUCACUUUGGUUUGUUGCACUGGCAGAACUUCAUUCAGCGAGCGGUUGGCAUUCGGAGGCUGCUGUUGCGUAUGGACACGUUGUAGUCGUUAUUGCGAAGGAGCUGUUUUUGAAAGGAACGCUUGUAAGCCCAGAUUGGUCGGUGUUUGAUUCGAUUUCUUCUGCUAUUGCAAUUGAUGAAAACGUGAAAGGAUCUCUGUGGGAAGACGUGCAACCAGGAGGCUUCACUUUGGAUGAAUUGUUGGAGAAGAUUGAUCGUUGUUGUCACGAAUUGACCCUCGCGGAGCGCUUUGAAGCCAUUGGUCCACUUUAUCGAUUUAUAAUUCCAACUUUGGAAGCUAUUGGGAACUAUAAGCUGCUGAGUGCCGUGUAUUCUGAUCUGCACAAGGCUGCAAUCAAAGCGGAUGAAAGAAUUAACAAUGGCAGGCGACAUCUCGGCACCUAUUUCAAAGUCGUGUUCUUGGGAGAAAAGCAGUUUGGGAAAUCUUUGCAUCAAAGUGAGUGGAUCUAUCACGAAUCGGGCCUCACUUCUUUGGCCGAGGUUAGCCUGUCGCUCCUUGAGUAUUGUCGACAACUGUUAGGUCAUGACAACAUCAAGAUUGAACCGGAAAAAGAGUUGAAUAUCUCUACGCUUGAUCAGUCAUUUGCCUACGUUCAAAUUACUCACGUUGAGCCUUUGUGCGCGGAUAAUGAGAAACAAGAUUUUCGAACGCACACAAAUCUGCGAGAUUUCUUUUAUGAGACGCCGGUCGUUGAAAAUUGGGAUUCGAGAUGUAAAGGAGAACCACCUGUACAACACCAAGCCUUACGCAGAACGAUCGUUUCAGUUGUUGGCUCGUUUCCGAGUAAUCGACGUCGUUUGGCAGUUGAUAAAGGAAAACGUGAGCAUGUCAUCCUCACUCCUUUAGAAUUUGCGUCGCAAAAGCUCAGGACAAAGGCAUCUCAAAUCCUACGCGUUGUUGAGUCCGCUUCAUCAGGCAAACAACUGGAUUUCAAAGGAUUACAGCUACUACUACAAGGAGUCUUGAUGCCAUCGGUCAAUGCUGGCCCGCUUGCUUACGCGGACGCAUUUUCACAACCCGAUCAACUGAGACGUUAUGGCGCUAAAGGAGUUACGGAUUUGUGCGACUCUUUCAGACAGUUAACGGUGGCUUGUGAGAUGGGGCUCCAGGCUAAUGAGCGGGUGAUUGGUUCGGAUCAACGCAAAUAUCACGCGAUGUUGGUGAAAAGUGCGGAAACGAUGGUGGAGCGUUUGACGGGAGCAUUUGGAGAUAUGUUCCCUACCCCAUUCGAGUCAAAUUUGGAGUUGCCGCGAUCAAAGACGAAUAGUUUAGACAGUUUUCGUGAUAUGAAUGUGCUUUUUCCACUGUUCGCCGGCAAAAUGGGCGAGCAAAAGAACAUCAACUGGAUGUACGAAGGCGUCAAAUCCGAUGUAAACAGGGAAGACUAUCUACUCGGAAAAAGGAUUGACAAAAACUUUGAAAAGUACUCUGAUGCAGUCAUCGACGAGAAAGCUGAGGGCGUUGAGCACGUUGUGUCGAAUCGAGUAGUCUCGUCCGGCGCUAAUGUUAAUCACAAGGUUAGCCAUAUUAACACGGUGACGAUGCGCCUUGACGAUCCACUUGUCAAUCUCAAGGUCAAAGAAGAAAUGAGGCGGCGCGAAAUUUUGGAAAAUCCACUUAUGAAGCUGAAAAUGGAGAAAGCGAUUAAAGAAAUGAUGGCUGAAAAGAUGCAAAAGGAGAAGAAGAUGGAGAAAGCGAUAAAGGAGAUGAUGUUGGAAAAGAAACAAAAGAAAGCGAAGAAGCAAAAGAAAGAGCACAAACAUGAACGAAAGAAGGAGAAGAAAGAGAAGAGCAAAAAGCGACAAAGAAAUGAAUCUUCGUCUGAAGAUGACUCAGAGAGUGAAAAAGAGGCCAAGCACAGUCGUUCUCGACGUAGGAGUGAGAGACAAGAUGAUUCGGACGAUGAACGAAGAUCAAAGCCAUCAAAGCACAGUUCUCGACACCGAAAUAAAAGUCAGGAAAGUUCUGAUGCUGAACAGAUAACGAAGACAAAGAGUUCAUUAAAAAGCCACCGGAGUGCUCGCAGAGAUAGUUCUUCCGAAGAAGAUAACCGCAGGAAGCGGCGAAGGGUUAAUUCACGAAGCCCUCCGCGUAAGUUGAGAGAAUCCUCCGAGGAAAGACCGAUCAAAAGAGAACGCCGGAGACACGAUUCUUCAAGCCCUGUGCGUAAAGAAAGAAGUCUUUCGAGGGAUCGAUCUUCAAACAAGAAUAGACAAAGACAUGGUUCACGCAGUCCUGUGCGCAAAGAGCGAAGACAUGAUUCACGUAGUCCCGCUCGCAAAGAAAGAAGUGUUUCAAAGGAACGAUCUGAAAUACGGGAUCGGAGAAGGCAUGAUUCCCGUAGCCCUGUGCGUAGAGACCGGCGAAAUUCAUCAGAGGAGCGUCCUGUAAAGAAGCACCGUCAAAGACAUGACUCUGAAAGUCCGGUCAGAAGAAGUAGAAAAGAUUCUGAAGAGCGCUCUUCAAAACAGGAUACUCGUAAAAGACGUGAUUCGAGUAGUCCCGAUGAAGAUGACACGGAAGAAGAGAAGGAAUCUAUCAAGAAGGAAGUUUUCAGUGAGUCCGAUGAAGAUGAUCGUCCCAUAAAAGGUCCAGCACUCCCACCGCAGGCUUCGUCAAGUGCUGCUUACGGUUUGAUUGGAGGAAAGAAGAAAGAUGAAAGAAAAGACCAUUCUCCAAAGGGACAAGAACAGAAGUUUUUCCGGUUUACAAAAGCUCAAGAUUUUAACAAGAGACCAACUACUCGUGUCAAGUCGUCCGCUAUGACAGAAGAAGAAAAAGAAGCUCGUCUUCGUGCCAUGCAAGCAAAUGUUGACUGGCACUACAAGAAACGUGACGACAACAUUGCGGCAGCAAAAACUCGUGAUAUGGAAGAAGAGGAACGAGACAAGGAGCGAAAACCAGCUUCGUUCAUUCGUGACAUGGUCAGCAAGGCUCAAAACGAUCUAUCGAUGGAGGAUCGUCUCAAAUCCAACAAACGUAACUUGCAAAGAGGAUUUGACCAUAUGGACAAAUCUUUUACAAAACGC